AUGCAACCUAAUUCGGCCGACCAUCGAGCCGCUAUGCAAAGCCCGCCCGCACAAGUUCACGAUCGAUCCGCAUCGCCCCAUAUGCGUGAUGAAAACGAAAGCACGCCGGCUCAACCCUUUCGCGGUCGUGUGUACACUUGUCAAACUUCGCUCCGUUCAUUCAGUCGAAACUGCACGCACCCUCUCGCUCUUGCAUGGGUCACGCACACGUGUCGUCUCGUCUCACCCCACAUGAGUGUAACCCGGCGGAGUUACGGCGCCCUCGAUGCGGAGGGAAACGCUUCGGGGGAGGUGACACCGCACGGGCCGGGUUGUACGCUCAUGCACGUGACGCCGCCGAAGGGGCUCAUUCACGGCGCACACACGCGGGCGGGAAGGCGCGGUGACGUAUCGAGGUUGUGUGGGAGUCGCCCGCGCGUUGUCUAUGGUCAGGCAGGCGCGCGGCGGCCAUUUAUUUUGCAACGAGAUUUACAACUA